AUGUCUCCAAAGCACUUCCUUCCUAAUCUAGGCGGAUCCUUGAUUUUACCCAGGAUGGAAGAAUCUUCAAGAAGCCAUUCAAAUUUGGAGAUGAGUGAAGAAAAUGAUGAGGUUGACAUUGGUAAGACUGGACUGGAGAAUACAAUGAGCCCAGAAGAAACAACACAAGAACCUAAGGGAUCCCACAAAGUAUUGCAAGCAAUGUCCUAA